CUGUAAACAUGGCGUCUGACUUCAGGUGGAGAUGUGUGGUACUCCUGCUCUGCGCUUAUUUGUCUUGUAUUUUAGCCACUGUCAGCGGAGAAAAGACCAAGAAGAAGAAAGAUAUCCGAGACUACAACGAUGCAGACAUGGCGCGGCUCCUGGAACAAUGGGAGGAAGAUGAUGACAUUGAGGAAGGUGACCUGCCAGAGCACAAGAGGUCUCCUCCUCCCAUUGAUUUUGCGAAGGUGGACGCCUCUAAGCCGGAGGAGCUGCUCAAGUUGUCCAAGAAGGGUCGGACUCUGAUGGUCUUUGCUACAGUGUCAGGAGACCCCACUGAGAAGGAGACGGAGGAGAUCACAGGCCUGUGGCAGGGCAGCCUCUUCAAUGCCAACUUUGAUGUUCAGAGGUUCGUGGUGGGUUCCAACAGGGUGAUCUUCAUGCUGCGGGAUGGCAGUCUGGCCUGGGAGGUCAAAGACUUCCUCGUGGCCCAGGAACGCUGCAUGGAAGUGACAGUGGAGGGACAGGUAUUUCCUGGGAGAGCUGCCAAGAAGGACGAUGCCAAAUACAACCAGAAGAAUGACGUCAAUGAAAAGAAGAACAAGAAGAAGAUGGAGAGCAAGAAGCCUGACCUGGAGGGGAACAGUGCCAGACAUCUGAAGAAUGAGCUUUGAUGGGAUAACGCAGAGGGAGACGAGGUGUCACAGGUCCUUGUUCUUCUGGCCUUAGACAUGUUUAUUCUCAAGACCAGGAUCUGUGAGCCGUAGACUUGAUGAGAGCUGCAGGACCAUGUGAAGAUGCAGUGGUUCACACUUGGUGGUAUGAGUGAACUAAUAAAACCUGUUGGGUUCAUUGCUGCUAAGCUGGAGUCAGAGAUUUAUCGUCCCUCAGUGGAACAUGUUGCAGCAUCCAGCCUUGAAAUAAUGUUAAAGUAAUAAUCUUAAAAAUAAUGAUCACCUCCGUCACCGAGCAGUUAAAGAAUCAGUUGUAAUGUCAGUGUUGACUGGUUUAGCUGUUUUCUGUUAGAUUAUUAUCAAAUCCAAAUCAAUGCAUGCACAUCUUGUUUAAAGGGUACUCAAGGUAAGCAUUAUUAAACUGUAUUUUUUUCUGUGCCCAGAGCCAUGUUAGGUACAGGAAGUGGUUCUCCUGACACUGAUAUGGAGUUGUUCAUCAGACCUUCAGAUCCUGGUCUGUGUCAGAAGUUGUUCACGUCCAGCAGCACUUCUAGAUUUGAUACAAAAGUAGCACCCACACUUUCUGUUUGAUUUUUCACUGAAUAUAAGAAUAAACAUUUUUUAAAUAAUCA